GCCUGAACGUGCUCCUUAUAAUAGCCGAAUAAAUUCACUGUAAGGUUUACACUACCGAAAAUAUUUUAUAUAACUCACAAUUUAAAUUGUUUUCUGGAAAUGGUGUUGGAAGAAAAUAUUUUCAUUAGAAUACAAAUUAAAGUUAAAAUAAAAAAGACAAAUUUCAGUCAACAAAAAUGUAAAACAUCCGCAAAUCCAAACAAAAUGUGUUUUUGUUCAUUUUUUCAUAAAUAUUUUCGCAAAAGUAAGCGUAAAUCUAAAAGUAGAAUAUCACGCCUAAUAGCCAAUGACUCCGCAUUCAGUAUAGAAAGUUCAUUGGUUGCGGCGAAAAGUAGUUUAAUGCCCAUUCGGAUGACCUACGACGAUCCACGAAUAAUUAUUAUAGGUGCCGGGGCGGCUGGCUUGUCAUGUGCCACCAAACUAAUGGAAUUUGGAUUUGAGAACAUUUCAAUACUCGAAGCAGAAAAUCGUAUUGGUGGUCGAAUUCAUACCCAGCAAUUUGGGGACAAUGUCAUUGAUUUUGGCGCCCAAUGGGUGCAUGGGCAGGAGGGUAACGUUGUCUAUGAAAUGGUGCAGCAGAAUGAUUGUCUCGAGACGACCGGCGAAAUUUAUUAUACCUUCGAGUGCAUUCGCUCCAAUGGUGAAGUACUAACUAAAGAGACAACGAAUCGCCUCAAGGAGAUGCUGAGAAACAUUUUGGAAAACCAUGCAGAGGAUAUGUUUAGUUUCAAGGGUUCAUUUGGAGAUUUUCUGAGUGAACGUUUUCAAGAGGUUGUAGGCAGUUUAAGUGAUUCGAAAAUCAACGAAGAAGUGGCCUGGGAAUUUUUGGAGAAUUUCAAAAAAAUUGAGAGUUCAGAAACAGCUUCCGGCAUGGAUGAGGUAUCAGCCAAGGGUAUCCAUGAUUAUUGGCAAUGUCCGGGAGAUUAUCUGCUGAAUUGGAAGGAUAAGGGCUAUGUGCGUUUCUUACACAUGCUAAUGGGUUCCAAUGAGGAGUAUCACUUUGGCCAAUUAGAGGAACGGCUUAAAUUCAACUGCCCUGUGGAUCAAAUCCAAUGGAAUCUGGACAAUGGUAAGGCAAUUGUUCGUUGUGCAAAUGGCUUAUAUGAAUAUGAGGCCGACCAUGUGGUCAUAACUGUGUCCUUGGGCGUUCUUAAGGAAAAACUGGAGUCGAUGUUUCAUCCGCCUUUGCCGCUGCAAAAGAAGUUAGCCAUUGUGGGUCUGGGUUAUGGAAGUGUGGGUAAAAUUUUCCUUGAAUUUCCCAACCGAUUUUGGCCAGAAAAUUGGUAUGGCUUUACAAUGUUAUGGUUAAAGAAAGACCUAGAAGAUUUGCAGCGAACUCCAUACGAAUGGGUGGAAGAGAUUUUUGGCUUCUAUUGUGUUAACUAUCAACCGCGGAUCCUAUUGGCCUGGAUUGUGGGUUCCUAUGUUUUGAAAUUAGAAAACAUGCCAGAGGAUCAGGUAAUUGCAGGUUGCAUGUAUUUGCUAAGACGUUUCCUGUGGCAAUGGGAAAUACCUGAACCCUUGAAUAUACAAGUUAGCCACUGGCAAUCAAAUCCAAAUUUCCUGGGGGCCUAUUCAUUUCGUUCCAUGUUGAGUGAACAGUUGAAUGUUUCUGCCAUGCAGUUGAGCCAACCUUUGAUAAUUCGAAUGCCAGAAAUCCCUAGCCAUCAAAGUUGUUCUUCGAAUUCGAUUUUCAGUCACAGUUCAAAGAAUAAACCAGCUGCCACCAUGUGUUCCAAAAAUUUUAAACCUAUUCUUUUGUUUGCCGGUGAGGCUACAAGUAUGCAUCAUUUUUCCACAGUACAUGGAGCUGUGGAGUCUGGUUACCGGGAAGCCAAUCGUUUAGUUAACUAUUAUAAUAAGGAAUAAAAUUCAAAAUUUAUAGUA